AUGCUUUUACCUAUUCAGGCAGAAGAAGCCAAGAAGUUGAAGCUGAUGUUGAGAAGAAAGAAGGCUGAAAGUAUGCGUUUAUUAGAAAUUGAGAAGAGACAAAUGCAGCGCGUGGAGGAAAUGAGAGAAACUCAAAAGAAGGAUGUGGAGAAUACGAAUUUGAAGGAACAGAUACGAUUUGAAGUUUGGAAGGAACUCAGUAAGCUUGAAAUGACAUGCCAUGAUAUGGCUUCGGUGUUGUGUGGAUUGGGAAUCACUGUUGGUGAUGGUACUAGUCAUGAGGUUCGCGUUGCAUACAAAAAAGCAUUGCUGAAAUUUCACCCAGAUAGAUCUUCACGAUCUGAUAUACGACAGCAAGUUGAAGCUGAGGAGACAUUUAAGCUUAUUUCUCAAAUGAAGGACAAAUACUUACCAACUUUACGACAAUGA